AUGAUAGCAUGCGGCUUCAUACCACCGCUCCCUCCAGCAUGGGGUGCCGACAAGGUAUACAAUCACUACGAAAGACACAGAAAGGGAAUCCAGGCGGGGGCUGCAAUGUUUGUUAUCUGCUCCGGAUUAUGUCUUGCUUAUGGAGCAGUGGUAUCAAAGCAGCUUCGAUUGAUACGAGACGUAGACCCAAUUCUCGGCGACUUGUCUCUUGUGGCUUGUGGGGUAGCGAGUGUCACCUUCAUGAUGUCCUCUACAUUCUUAGGACUGGCGACGUUUCGGGAUUACGGGCCGGAAUUGGUUUUACUACUGAGUGAUUUGUUUUGGUUCACCCUCAUCAUGCAAUGGCCGCCGUUUUGGAUACAAAGUUGGACCAUAGCGUGGGCAAUUCUCUCGGACCAAAGUUCCGACCCUGCCUUUCCAAGGUCCUUAGCCAUCCUCAACUUCAUCGCUCCUUUGGCAUUGUCCUCGGCCACCGCCAUCCACCUUCAUCAGCAUGGACCAUAUGCAUGGAAUGGCGCAUUGACCUUUUGGCUUGCUUUUGUUCUAUUCUUUGCCCAAGUUGGGCUUGAUCUAUUCACUAUGGGUCGGAACAUUCUUAGAAGCCGAAGAUUGCAACUCGCUGAACAGACGAACUGA